AGAGGGAAGUACUGAGUGAAAUUGAGGAGAAAGAUCAGUAUGAGAAUCUUCAUGACGUAAUAACUGGAGAAAAAUAUUUUUGUUCCUUACAGUCUGAAAAGACUUCCACACAAAAAAGAGCUCAAAAGACAGGAACUAGGAAUUAUUUUGCUUGCUUUCAGUGUGGAAAGACUUUCAGUCAACAAGGACAACUUAAUAGGCACAUGAAAAUUCACAAUAGAGAGAAGCCUAACAGAUCCGUUCAGUGUGAAGAGGGUUUCAAUCAUAAUGGAAACCUUGAUGUCCACAGACUUUUUACCUGUCAACAGUGUGGAAACAGUUUCACUCAUAAAGGAAGCCUUAACAAGCACAUGAGAGUUCACAGUGGAGAUAAGCCUUACACAUGUAAUCAGUGUGGAAAGAAUUUCAGUUUUCAUGGAAACCUCAAAGUCCACAUGAGAAUUCACACUGGAGAGAAGCCUUUCAUCUGCAAACAGUGUGGAAAGAGUUUCAGUCAACAUGUAAAUCUUGAAUCUCACAUGAGAAUUCACACUGGAGAGAAGCCUUUUACCUGCAAACAGUGUGGAAAGAGUUUCCGUCAACCUGGAAAUCUUGUUCACCAUAAUAGAAUUCACACUGGAGAGAAGCCUUUCACCUGCAAACACUGUGGAAAAAGUUUCAGUCAACUUGGAACUCUUAAUUACCAUAUGAAAGUGCACACUGAAAAGAAACCCUUCACCUGCCAUAACGUGCACAGGCGAAUUCACACUAUGGAGAAAUUUUUUACCUGCCAACAGUGUGGAAACAGUUUUACUCAUAAAGGAAGUCUUAACAGGCACAUGAGAACUCACACCAAGGAGAAGCCUUACAUAUGCCCUCAAUGUGGAAAGAGUUUCAGUCAAAAAAGAUACCUUGAAGUUCACAUGAGAAUUCACCCUAAAGAGAAGUUUUAACCAAAAAGGUAACCUUAGGUAUCACAUAAAGAUUUACUCAAGAGGGACCUGUUUCAAUGUCACCAGCGUGGAAUGGGUUUUACAGACAAGAAAAGCUCAAGAAAAUAAAGCAUUCUGGAACAUUGUAAAGAAACCUGUCAUGUGCCAUCACUGUGGAAAGAUUUCCAGAAACAAAGCAAAUCUUGAAUUUCACAUAAGCUGUAUGAUGCCAUACCCAUCUUCCAUGAAGCUGCAUCAUGCAACAUUGAAAUUGGCACCUAACUGUAUUCAAUCAACACUGAACUGAUUCUAAUAGAAUAACUACAUUACUGUUUAGAAGAACUGUUUACAGCUAAACUAAUGUCUAAAUAAACUUCACAGUAGUGGCA